CUUUACAUCCGUAUCUUCCUUUUUCAAUGCUACUCUUUCCUUAGCAGUCACGUAACUUGACAUGUUUUCUUGUUGACACUGCAAAUAGCACCUCGAUUUGUCUCGUUUCCGAUAAUUUCUAUGUGUUCUCACUGCAUUAACUAGAUUUGUGGAAAUGGGUUGUCUGCUAUCGACUCCCGGGGAAGCCAGUCCAUUGAGAAGGGCUGCAAGUAUUGGGGAGGUGGCCGUGUUUGUGCCCGGAUUCCGCAUCCCUGAAAGCGUAGAUUUAUCUCAGCCACUGGGUGAUUGUUUGUCGAGAGGCCUUCUCGAUCGCCUCUCGAGUCUAAGAACUCGUAUGGUCACCAUGGCUGCUCAAGAAGCACGACGGUUCACAAAGCCAAGGAGAAUAACAACUACAAGACAUGGUUCUGCCUUGAGCGAACUUUUGCGUGCUCUUGAGGAUUACUUGCCUGUUCUUCUGGGACUAGUGAAGGAUGGUUGCCAAUUGAGAGACAAGGUGCCGUUUGUGUGGAUUAACCAGGAAGAUGAUGCAGAGGAAACUGCCAUGACAAAUGCUUGGUAUGAGGUGUUGUCUGUGCUACAUUUGAUGGCUAUGCUAUCUUUGUUGCAAGCCAAUAGGUUGCUUCUUCCCAAGAUAUCCAGCGAGGGUUAUCAGCUAAAGAUAUCUGAAGAGAACAGAAGAAAAUCGAUUGAUAUUUUGCUGAAGGCAGCAGGGUAUUUGGAUUGUGCCAUUCGACAUGUGCUCCCUCAAAUAACUCCAGAACACAGGAAGGACCUUCCACUGGACCUGGAAGAAGGAGUUCUUCGAGCUCUAUGUUUGCAAGCUCUGGGACAGUGUGUUGAUAUCCAGCUUGGGAUGGCAAUAGAUAGUCCCAAGGCAACGCUUGCUGUGAAAAGGCGAUUAGCGUGUGAAAUGGUCAAUUACUGGCAUCAGGCUCAGAACAACAUGGCAAAGCUUCCUUCUACAGAUGGCUGGGCUAAAAAGCAUCAACUCUUUAUUAAGUGGAAAUAUGCUGAAGCAAAGGCUGCUGCAUACUAUUACCAUGGACUGAUACUUGAUGAGGGCAACACAGAGAAAUCCCAUGGAGUGGCAAUAGCUGCUUUGCAAGCAUCAGAAGAGUAUCUGAAGGAAAGCAAGAAAGCUUGUGAAACUUUCAAUUCAACACCUCCUGCAUCAAGGAAUCCCCCUCUUUGGGGAUCUAUGAAAUAUCUGUCUGAGAAGAUUCCUAAAGAUGCAUCAAGUAAGAUACGAAUCAAUCAAGAUCUUUACAGUGAAGAAAGGACAUUCAAGACAGCACCAAGUUUGCCAGAUUUUGCUUUAGCACUAAAGCCUGAUGACUACCAACUCCCUCCGUUGGAUCCCUUAUGGAACAAGGAGGAUCACCACUACUAGAAACUAGCAAAGGGAGAAAGCAUGGAAAAUAUGUCAGCAACAUGUUCUUCAGCAACAAUCAUGCUAUAGACUAUUGGAUGGAAGCCAGUUACAUGUGUACAUUAUUUGUUGAUGUAAGAUGGUGUCCAUUUGAAGGAUGUUGAUAGUUCUUUGCCAAUGAGGAAAUCAAAUAUUCUUUUCUUUUGACUA